CAGACCCCUCGUUCACCGUCCACCGCUUUUUGACCAGUUUCCUAUUGCGCACUCUGCUUUUGGAUUCCUCAAAAACUGCUUCUCGCAUAGCGCACUGUAUCUUCUCUUCUACUGUUGGUCUUCCUCUAGGGUAUCUCAUCUCUUCCUUGCAUCCUGCAUCCCGGUCCCUGCACCUCUAUCAUGGCAUUGCUACAAGCUCGAGUUAAGAGUGUCCUCUCUGGAGACACUCUGAUUAUCACCAACCAAAAAGGUGCCGAAAGAACUCUUUCUCUUGCCUACAUUUCGGCCCCAAGGUUGAAGAGAGAGGGAGACGAGCCCUUUGCCUUUCAAUCCCGGGAAUUUAUUCGUGAACUUGUUCUCGGAAAAGUCAUUCAGUUUCAAGUCCUCUAUGCUGUUCCCUCCACCAAGCGCGAGUACGGCCGUGUCAAGCUACCCAACGGCCCCGAACUCCCCGACCUCGUGGUCAAACAAGGAUGGGCAAAAGUUCGUGAAGAUGCAGGCAAGAAAGAAGACGACGAGAGUGCUUUGGCAUAUCUCGAUUCCCUACGAUCCCUGGAGUCCGAGGCAAAGUCGAACAAUUUGGGGCUGUGGGCCAAAGGUGGUCAGAUAGAAAAUUCGUCAGAGGUAGCAGACCCCAGUGCCCUCGUUGAACGAUACAAGGGCAAAAAGGUGGAAGCAAUUGUGGAGAGAGUCUUGACUGGUGAUCGGUUGAUCGCAAGAAUUAUCCUCUCACCUUCAAAACAUUUACAGACGCUACUGGUUCUGGCUGGCGUGAGAGCUCCUGCCACCAAACGCACCUCCCCAGAGGGCAAGGAAAUUCCUGCAGAACCUUGUGGAUCUGAAGCACAUGCCUUUGUCGAAGAGAGACUGCAUCAGCGAAAGGUCGAGGUCGAACUUGUCGGGGUAACUCCUCAAAACCAACUCAUUGCCAACGUCCUACAUCCCAAAGGCAACAUUGCAAAGUUCCUACUCGAAGCAGGUUUGGCCAGGUCCAACGACCAGCAUGUCACGCUUCUGGGCAACCAAAUGUCAGCCUUCAGACAGGCCGAGAACGCCGCCAAGACCGCAAAGAUCGGAGUGUUCACGGGUGCUACUACAUCUAAAGCGUCUGGGGUGCAAGAGGCCGACUUUACCGUAUCCCGAGUGCUCAACGCUGAGACCAUCUUCCUACGAACACGUUCGGGCGAAGAACGCAAGGUGGCUCUCUCCAGCAUUCGUCAACCUAAGCCAUCAGAUCCCAAACAGGCUCCCUUUGGAGCAGACGCCAAAGAAUUCUGUCGCAGAAAACUAAUUGGCAAGCACGUCAAGGUCAGCAUUGACGGGAAAAAGCCUGCAUCAGAAGGCUUCGAGGAGCGAGAGGUAGCCACCGUCACGGUCGGGAGCAAGAACAUUGCACUGGCUCUGGUGGAGGCGGGUUACGCAUCUGUGGUUCGGCAUCGGAGAGACGAUGACGACCGCUCUCCAGACUACGACGCUCUCCUCCUGGCAGAGGAGACGGCUCAAAAGGACGAGAAGGGAAUGUGGUCCCCUAAACCACCAGCGGCCAAACAAUAUCAAGAUUACUCGGAAAGUCUACAGAAGGCCAAGAUGGAAGCCUCGGUCUUGCAACGACAAAAGAAGGUUCCUGCUGUGGUCGACUUUGUCCGGGCGGCUUCUCGAUUUGUGGUGCUGGUGCCACGGGAGAAUGCCAAACUCACAUUUGUCCUCUCUGGUAUCCGAACGCCGAAACCAGCUCGCCCAUCCGGAGAAGCGGCAGAACCAUUUGGCCAAGAAGCGCUCGAGUUCGCCAAUCGCCGCACAUUGCAACGAGACGUGGAAAUCGAUGUCGAAACGACGGACAAAGUGGGAGGCUUCAUCGGCUCACUCUUUGUGGGAAGGGAGAAUUUUGCUCGAGCGUUGCUAGAAGAAGGGCUGGCGGAAGUCCAUGCGUACUCGGCAGAACAAAGCGGAAAUGCCACCGAAUACCUGGCGGCAGAGAAGAAGGCGAAAGAAGCAAGAAAGGGCAUCUGGAAGGAUUGGGAUCCAAGCCAAGACGCAGAGGAAGAUGAAGCAGCAGUCCCAGCCACUGGUACCAAUGGCACAAACGGGGACUCAGCUGAGAGUGCUCCUAGGAAAAAGGACUACCGAGAUGUGGUGGUGACACACGUGGACGAGACAGGCAAACUCAAGAUUCAGCAAAUUGGAUCUGGAACGACAGGUUUGACAGAGCUGAUGAGUGCGUUCAGGUCGUUCCAUCUCAACAAGGCCAACGACCAGCCUCUAGCAGGCCCUCCCAAGGUCGGAGAGCUGGUGGCAGGAAAAUUCACGGUGGACAAUGAAUGGUAUCGCGCCAAGGUUCGACGAGUGGACAGAGACAGCAAGAAGGUGGAUGUAACAUACAUCGACUAUGGCAACUCGGAGAUGAUUCCAUGGAGCCGACUGCGACCUCUGACGCAAGCACAGUUCUCAACACAAAAGCUCAAGGGGCAAGCCAACGACGCAGUCCUUUCAUUUUUGCAAGUACCAACGUCAGAACAGUACCUACGAGACAUGAUCGAUUUCAUUGGGGAGCAGACCGACGGCAGAGAGCUGGUUGCCAACGUGGAUUACAUCUCUCAAGAAGGGACGUUGCACGUGACACUACUGGAUCCCAAGAUAUCUACCAAGAUCGACGAAAGCAUCAAUGCAGAGGUCGUUCGAGAGGGAUUGGCUCUUGUGCCUACCAAGCUCAAAGCAUGGGAACGACAGGCAACUGACACAUUGACCAAAUUGCGAGCGGUUCAAGAAGAGGCCAAGUCUGGUCGUCGAGGCAUGUGGGAAUAUGGUGAUUUGACCGAAGAUUGAGAGCAAUAAAGAAGAGGCCAUCGAGAGACAUGUAUCCUCGACGACAUCACGUGUGUCUGGUAGCCUGGAGAGACAUUUAUCACAACUGCGGUGGAAAAUCUCAAAACUAGCUAACACAAUGGAAACAAUAUGUGG